GGCAUCGGAGGGAAGAGAGAAAGACAUGACAAAAAUAUCAAAAGGCAGAAAGCACGCCGUACCAUGCGAGCCAAACUGGGGACCGACGGGAUCGAGGAUGUCGGAUUAAUGGUGACGACCGCAGCCCGUUUUCGCAGAGGAAGCUUCUCUAUCGUAACUUGGGCGCAGAGGGUCCGCGGGGAAACAUGGCCGAAGGAGGGCCGGGUAAAGGUGGCGGUAGCGGAGAAGACCCCGCCAAGUCCACCGAGCAGGAGGAGAGGACUCGAGCCCAGAUCCUGUCCGGAUCGGGCUUCUGCAAGUGGUUCAAUGUCCGGAUGGGCUUUGGAUUUAUAUCAAUGACGAAUAGCGAAGGGAGCCCCGUCGACCCGCCUCUGGAUGUUUUCGUCCACCAAAGCAAACUAGUGAUGGAGGGUUUCCGCAGCUUAAAGGAGGGUGAGCAGGUGGAGUUCACCUAUAAGAAGUCCUCUAAGGGCCUGGAGUCCCUGCGGGUGACCGGACCUGGUGGAGGACCGUGUGCAGGCAGUGAGAGGAGACCUAAAGGGAAAGUCCCACUCCAGAAACGUAAACCAAAGGGAGAUCGCUGUUAUAACUGUGGAGGUCUGGAUCACCAUGCCAAGGAGUGUGGAUUGCCCCCCCAGCCAAAGAAAUGCCACUACUGCCAGAGCAUCACUCACAUGGUAGCUCAGUGUCCCCACAAGGCUCUGGCACCCGUCGUAGGCUCUCAGGACCAGCAAGCGUCUACCUCGGCCUCCGCUCCAGGCACCGGGUCUCACCUCUGCCUCCCCGAGGAGGAAGAGCGUACUGGCUCAUCUCCCUUGGAGGGAUCCUCCUCGUCACCAGAGGAGCCCCACACACACCGCAACUCGUGGGCCCAAAGGUGGAGGAAAUCCUGAACAUUUUCCAUAGAGGUGAACUUUUUCCAACGCAUAGCCUCUGACUUUCGUGUCUACCCUCAGUCAAGGUUACCUGAAGCCCCAUUUCCUCCUUGUCUACCUCACAUUUGUGAAAAAAUGGGAGGUCUUUAUUUCUUUAUUUUCAUUGUGUUAUUUUUCUAACCAGCAAAACUGUGGGAGCAAUCAGUCGGGGUGCGGACGUGCAUGAAUGUGUGAGACUGUCUUGCAGUCAUCUGGUGCAGCUAUGAAAAUGACUGCUGGAUAGGUGACUGCAGGGAAUAAUUCUUUAUGUUUCAAUCUGUGCAGCUCAAUGGUGAAAUGUGAUUAGUGUGUAGGUUUUGAUGACCGUGGUAUUUCUGUUCCCCCUUGGACCUGAAGGGUGGCUAUUUUAAAUGCCCCCUCCACACUUAUGUUGCAGACUUAAAGCCACAACUUUAUACUGUAGGCUUAAUCAUUCGGUUAAAAAAAAUAUCCUGAUUGCAUCUUCACAGCACACGGGGUAGUUCAUUUUAAAAAGGAUUAGGGGCCAACUCUUAAGAGCUUGAGUCCCUCUAAGUAAUAAUCCAGACCCACAGGACUUUUUGCCUGGCUUCUAAAGAUCUUUUGGGGAAACUUAAUGCAUUCCUGAGAGGUUGUUUAAAAAGCCGCUGAGCUGCUCGAGUACGUUCUCUCUAAUUUCGAAACCCUCGAUACAUAUCUCUUUCAUGACACAGACUGGACCAACUGAUUGUUGAAGUGUGAGCAAGUGCAAGACUUAAGAACAAAGGAGAGCGUGUGCUUGGCAUGGAUACUCUGAAAGAAAUGACAAUUGUCAAACUGGAGCACUGUCUUCAUGUGCGAGGCUUGGCUGUUAACUCCACUGUUUGCCUAUUAUCACAGAUAGACACAUGUUAUACACGACAAAUAUAUAAUCAGUCUAGAUCAUAGCUUAGAUUUUAAGUAAAGGCCUUAUCAUUUGACUUCCAUUUUGGUUGCUGCGUAAUUAGUUGAAAGUAGUUUUUAAUAUAUAUGUAAAGUUACAAGAUAUAAUUAAGAUUAUAUUAACAUUAAGUAAUCAUAUAUAAGGAAUUAGCUCUGAAGUAGGUGCAAACCCCUGUUUUAAGUGCAUGGGACACAUUGUGGUGUGUAAAAAUUCUCCCUCUAUUUAAACUUUACAUUUUCAAUGUAGACAAUUCCAUUUUUCCAAAAAGGUACUUCACUCUUGCUCAUGUUGAUCAGUUCAUACAGUUCCUUGCAAAACUAUUCACACCCCUUAAACUUUUUCCAUGCAUUUGUUUUUGUAAUGACAAACUUUAACACAUCUUUUAGGGAUUUCAUAUUAUAGACGAACACAAAGUAGUGGAUAUCUCAAUUCAGAUUAGGUUAUUUUUAAAUGCUUGGUGGGUAUUUGUAUUCGGCCUCCCUAAUUCAAUACUUUUUGCUGCAAUUACAGGUGCAAAUCUGCCCUAGAUGUGUGCCCGACUAGCUUUACAUAUAAAGAGACUGCAGUUUCUUUCCAUUCUUCUUUGCAAAAUUCUUCAGGCUCUGUCAAAUAGGAUUGUGAGCAUCAAUUUUCAAGUCUUGCCACAGAUUCUCAACUGGAUUUUGGUCUGGCCUUUGACUGGGCCAUUCUAGCACAUGAAUAUACUUCUGUUCUGAACCAUUCAUUUAGAGCUCUGACUGUAAGGAUUCAAUCUUUUGCAGUCUGACAGGUUUUCUUCCAGGACUGCCAGCAAUCAGCUCUAUUCAUCUUCCCAUCAACUUCGGCCUACUUCCUUAGAAUAGAAUUUUAAUAGGAAUUUUGAGGCCCGGUUCACCUCUGAAGGCAGUUGUUUGCAUUUGAUUUUUCGAGGGGUGUCAGAGUAAAGGGGGCUGAAUGUGAAUACACAUCACACUUUUAAGAUACUUAUUUGAAAAAUAAGAAUUGAAAACCAAUUAUUGUUUUUCUUUUUGCUCAGUCAAAGAAAAUCCUAAUAAAAUUCAUGUAGUUGUGGUUGUAACUUGGAAAAAAAAUGUUGUGAGCAUAAUACUUUUGCAAGUUACUGCAUGGUCACAGCACAACUCACCUAGAAGGUGUAGUUUCUAACAUAACCUCAUUAUCAUAGCUGCUUUACUUACGUAAUACCUCACAACUUCUUCUUUCGGGAAGCGAAUGUCGAUAAUGUGUGCUCUCUUAGUGUUUUUUUUUUAUGUUUGUCAGUAAAAUCGAACCAUAUUUUUCUCAUCCGUCAGUGCCUAGUGUUUGUCAGUCAGCACCGGCCAGGUGAUGGGAUGACAUCUCUGCUGCUGCUGCUGCUUCAGACUCAAAACAAUAGAGGGAGAAAUAGUUGAAUGGAUUACGUUCCUUUUGGUAUAACUUGAAAACCAAGCAUGUCUUUAGUGGCACUUACUGACCCUAACAGCUCUUCUCUGACCAUACUGAAUGUGAAAAGAGCUCAUCUGAAGUCGACUCCUCACAAAGUUCACGUAAGGUCGCUUUGGAAUUGUAUCUUAAUGUUCUGACAAAUCAAAUAACCUUGUACAAUUAUGUCAAACAGGCUUGUGUGCUGUUUAAAAGCUCUAUAAAGACAACUAACGUUUUUGGUAUAUUUCUAUACCAAAGUGUUGUUUUUUUUUUUAUUAUUUCUUGAAGACAUUUACAGUUAAGACUUGCUGAAGUGCUUGCUAUUCCAGCUCUUUCAGAAUUAGAGCAUCUUAUUGCUGAAAGUGCAACAAAGUGUUUUCUAAAUAAUACAAAGCUUUGAAUAUGUGCGUGCAUGGAAAAUCAAACAACAAAUGCAGCUUGACAGAAAAAAAGGUGGUCAACCAGACUGCAGCUCAUGCUUAAAUCUGGAUGGAAACAUCUUUUGUAUGACAUAUUUUUACAUUUUUACACACAGGUCCUCUCAGGAUGAUUAACUCGUCUCAGGGAAAUAACCAAAAAAAAAACGAAGUGUAUAUUAUUCUUUUGGGAAUCAUCCACUGACGGACUCCACAAACUCUUAAGCAAUGGUGAAGAGACAUAUAACCAGUUCAAGUACUGAUGUUAGCAACUACCUCUUGAGUUAUACAUAGCUGUUUUUGUUUUUCUUUUCCUUUUUUUUUACGAGCUGUAUUGUUAAUUUUAGGUCUGCAUAAAACAGGUGUUUGUGUUAGAAAGUCUUUUAUGUUGCCACAGAUUUCCCGGUCUUCCUUUCCAGAUUUAAUAAUGUUCUUUCUUACUGGAAAACCAUUGUUGUUUUUUUUUGUUUGUUUACAGCAAAAACCUACCUCAUUAGCUGUAUUUCCCUAGAAACUCCUGACCUCCUCCCAGUCCAUAUGCCUCUUCCAUGCAAUUGUGUCACAAUGCGGUUUUAACAAAUCAGCCCUGACGUUGCCUCCCACUUAUUUUUCUAUCAUUUAUUACAGUCUGUUACUUUUUAUUAGCAUUUAUUUCCCCUAAAGCUUUUACAAGAUCUCAAAUCUGCAAGUAAUGAGUAAAUGCCCAUUACUUUUCACAAAACCAGUGAGUUACCUCAGUUCAUUGGGCUAGCUAAACACAAAUGAAAUAUUUUAUGGUUAUGAGUCUCAAUUUGAAAGUACUACAACUGUUGUUUUGACUUUGUAUUUAUCAUAACUGUUUUUAUAACCACUUGAUGUGAUUUGCCUAAGGAGAAGAAGAAUAGGUUUGCCCUUGAGCAAGGAUUGCCUGUGUUUGUUUUAUCUCUACGACUUGUUACCAAAUAGAUGUUAUUAUAACCUGUUUACAGGCUCCAUGGUAAUGGCCUUAGUCAGCCAUUUUCACAGCUCAAGAUAAUCAAAAGCUGCGUUGCUCAGAGAUGAUGCUAAUUGAUGUUAACAAUGAUUGUAUUAAUGCAAAGUGAUGUUUUUUAUAUAUUAGAGAUAAUAUUUACCUUGAAAAUCAGUAGAUUUUGUACUAAUGGUGAUUUGUUUUCAUUUAGUUUGACAUUCCUAAAAGUGUUUAUGAAGAAAAAAUUUUGUUCCAAAAUACUAACUCAAAAUAUCAAACAUUGCAUAAAAAAAGCAGUAUUACACUUCACAAUCAAUUGAGAAGAUUGCUGUGUGCAGGUGGAUCUGCACAUUGGACUGAAGGCUUGUUUAAAUGCUUGUUUCGGGAUGUAAACAAAAACAUGACUUUCUUUAAUAUUUUAUUUUUAUCAGUUUUCAGUGCUCUGAAAAACUUUCUCUCCCGUUACAGAUUUCUUCUGUUUUUGGUUUUUUGUCACAUCUAAAGGUUUUAGAUCAUCAAAACAAUUUUCAAAUCAGACAAAAUAACCUGACAAUAGAAUUUAUUAAGGAAAAAAGCUACACAAACCAAUUGGGUACUGAGUGAAAACGUAAUUUCCCCCUUGUUAAAUCAUGAAUUGACUGGUUAAUAACAAUUUUCGAUUCAGCUUCACUUGCCGCAUUCUGGCCUGAUUAAUGAUAGAUCUAUUGGAUUCAGAAAGCACUGAAGUAGAACCCGACUGACAACAUGAAGUAGGCAAAACCUAGCCUAGAUAAAACUAAGCAAUUAUUUCAGAGAAAGAACAUCAUACUGACAGUCGAGCAUGUUGGUGGUAGUGUGAUGCUGUGGUGUUUGACGGCCUUGACUGCUUGCUGUAAUUGCUGGAAUCGUGAAUUCUGAUCUCCGUGUAGGAGAAUGCCUACCAUCUGUUCAUAUCCUUAGGUUGUGAAAAACCUCUGAAAAACAAAAUGAAGGCUAUACGAUGGCCUGGUUAAAAUGUGGAGUUAAAUCUGAUUGAGAUUUUGUGCCAUGACCUUAAAAUGCAGUUCUUGGUAUGAACGUGCAUUACGUGCGAUAUGAUCCAGUGUGGCUAAAUUAAAACAAUUCUGCAGAAACGUAUGCAACGAAAUUCCAUGUAAAAGACUCAUUUUCAGUUAUCAAACACUUGAUGGCAGUUGUUUCUGCCAAGCCAUUAGCGGUAGAGGGCAAUUGCUUUUUCAAAAUGGUCAUUUUGGUUUGAAUAGCUUUUUCUGCUUAAUAAAUUAAGGCAUUAUUUUAAAACUGUAUUUUGAAUUUGCAUCUGUUAUCAUUGUCUGGUAUUGAAAUUUCUUGAAGAAUCUGAAACAUGUAAGUUUGACAAAAAAAGAAAAAAUCUUUGGGGCAAAUAUCUAUAAUACAGCACUGAAACUACUGUCUAAUGUAUUUAAUGGCACAAAGAAACAAGGUGUGGUUUUUCAGGGCAGUAUAUAGUGUAAGAAAUUUCACUCUUGUUUAUGUCUCAUAAAUUUCUAUUUUCUGUCAUAUACAUUUCUGUUAUGUCUUUGUUAAGGAAAAAAAGGAAAACACUUGUAAUCAUUUGCCAGAUUCUGAAUCUGGCAAAUGAAAAUCUGGCUAUAUUAAAUGCAGUUCAGAGCCACAACAGAACAUGAAAAAACUUUGAAGGAUUCCCAAAACAAUGUGUUACAUAUUUGUUUGAUAGCAGACAUUGGGGAAAAUCUCCCACUGUGUACUAAACAAACGUUUUUACCUUUUUACUGGUUAGAUAUCCAUCUCAAUUGAGCUAUACUAUUUUUUAUUUUUUUUAAAACUCUGAAUGUAAAAUUUUGUUUUGCAGCAGUACUGAAAAACAUUUUGUCCCUGGAAAUCAGACAUUUAAGUCAGAAAUUUGACAAGAACAGACCCUAAAGUCGGGAUCAUGAUUGGGAUAGUCAGAGCUUACGGAGCAGCUCUGAGUUCAUUCUCUAAUAUGGCUCCUGCAUUCAUAAAAUCUAAUGAAAAUUGCCAAAUCCUUGUAUCUUAUUAAACCAGUGGCAUACAUAGUGCUGUAAAAUGUCUAUUUGUGAUCAUGUUUCUUUUGUGUUUGAACACAUAAAUGGAGAGAAAUAUGUUAUUGGCUUGUACUGCUAAUAUUAGAACCAAAACGGUAACUCCCAGAGAUUUUCUGACUUCCAACUAGACUACACACAACAUUCCCAGCUACCAGUUGUAACUCCCAAGACAAAUCAAACGCAGCAAUCGAUGAUGCUCUGGCCAGUGAAAAUGUCGCUGAGCCAAAAACCUUUCAGUAGACCCAACCUUGUUCCCAUCAAGCCGUCUUUGGCACAAUGCAUGUUUUAAGGUUUUGAAUCAUAUUUUCCAAAGCAAAAAAUAAAAUCAUUGGUUUUCCGUUUUGUAUUUGCAUCUCUGCAAAACAAAAAUUGGAGCCAAACUGUUUCUGUAGCUUUUAAAGGAAACAAAGUUGGCCAUUUUUAUUUGAUUAAUUUUAGUACAAUGUAGUUGUAUGUAGUUCAUGACAAGCUGAAAUAAGCUACACAGUGGCCCCUUUUUUGUAAUCUAAACAACACCAUCUCAUCAUACUUUAGCUAUAUAUUAUAUACAAGCACAGUAUUUUAGCAUGUCUGCAAAAAAUGUUGACUUCAGUCUUCUCCAAUUGUAUUUGUGAAAUAACCUUUGUUUUUCACACAAUUAUGAGUUUUUUGUCCAACAAAAUUAUUAGAGUAUGAGGAAGCUAGAACAGGUCAAGGAGAAAACAGUAUUUUAAUUUAGAUAGGCCACAAUGCUAAUCUUUAGAUAAAUCUUUGAUUGUGGCAAUGAACGCAUUCUACAAAUGUCUUUAUUUGUGCCUCAAAGACUUAUUCAAAAGUUCAAAUCCUUUGAAUACUCAGCUUGUUAUGAUAAAUGCAACAAGUUAAAUAUCUGCUGCACUGAGUUACCAACCUUUUAUAGACAGACGGAAUGUACAAAGACAUUGAUGCAGGGCAGGGAAACGUUCAGCCGGUUUAAACGCUAUCCUAUGUGCUUGUUCAGAGGCUGGUCAGAUCACAUACCUCAGCUGCUGCCUUUGACAUCUGCUCUAUGUUUUGCCUUGGACUCUUUAGGUACAAUGUUCUGUUUCUUUUGUUAUUUUUAUCUUAAUAGAAGUGCUUUCAGAAGUGUUUAUGUAAAAGCCGUACCCGAACAUUGAACUUUUUAGGGGCCGUUAAAUCCAACCAAUUGCAGAUCCCUUUAUGUACUGAUGAAUAACCUAAAUUUUUCCAUGUUUGUACAUGUUUUUAAUCUCUACAUUAUUGCCAGAGAGUCUUUUAUUCUGUUUCCACAAUUCUGUAAAAUUAAAGCAUUGAUUGCUUUUGAACUGGGAAAAUGUUCCUCUUUGUGCAAAUCAAUCAUUAUUUUAGUCUCAGUGUAAGUGUACUGCUUUUUAUUUCUGUGAAGUUUAAAAAAAGUCUUUAAUGUUUCAUUUGAUUGGAAAAUAAACCUAUUAUAGCAACAUUAAAUUACAUAUUAUUCCUCCAAGAUACUCAGAUACCUUUAAAAAAAACAACUCAGAUUUAAUAUCUGAAAACCUCUGUGCACUGACAUCAGUCUGUAGCCUGAAAGGGCCUACCUUGUUGUAAAGGAGGAACCUUUAGAUUUUACACAUCAAGGUCAGUUUAUCCAUUGUGCAAGAGAUGUUAAUCAGAUUCAAUUAUACAUUGUAGCUGUGGAGAUAGUUAUUUCAAUAAAUCAGCGCUGAAGAAUGUGGCAUUUUUUCAAAGCCUAAUGUACGAAAGAAAUAAAAAUCUGCUGUAUACUGGA